AUGGAGCUCGGCGAAGCAACCUUGCAUUUCCAUUCCAUAGCUCCCUGCAAUGCAGUUUUCGUUACAGGUAGCGUUGUCAGUAUGGUCAUGAGCGUAAUUUUGGUCGCAGUCAUAUUCGAAGUGUUUCUACCGCGACUGGCAUCAGUCAAAAGAGCUGCUUGGCCCGUUGUUGGAGGUUGCUGUGUUGUCCUCCUCGCCUGCGCUCUAGAUGUCAAUAUUGAACUCAUUUCCCUGAUCGAAUCGCUGUGGCCACUUGAAGGCGAUGAGCCAUCGGCUGGAUAUGUGCGUAAUGGUCCGUUAGCAGUCCCGAAUCGCAUGAGCGUGAUAGACACUUAUAGUACUUGCUAUAAUAUUGAGCUCAUUGCGACAACAGUCCUGCAAGCGGUCAUUAUGCACACAUGCAGUCAGACCCUCUUCCCCCAUAUGCAGUCAAGGUCAAAAUUUGCUAUCACUCUGUCACUGCUUAUUCAACUGCCAAUGACUGUCCUGUAUGCAAUGCUUCUCGGAAACAAGGUAGACAAGACAGACCACAUCAUCUUGCGUGUGUUCGAUGGCAUGUUGUAUACGGAGUCUUUGUUCGCUGUCUGCUGUACGGUUGUGUGCGCGGAGAAGAUUGGGGAGGAACUUCGCAACACCCAGUAUUUGAGUCUUGCAUUCUCGAAAGGUAUCUUCGUGAGUACCUUCAUCACGAACCUCCUUAUGCUGGCGAACUUCCGCUGGUUCCUCUCUUCACCUGGUAUUCUGGCCCUCGUCGCCCAUGGUGUUCUCAUGAAGGGGUACAUGCUUGUCUUAGUGUUCAUCACUAAAUGGCUGCCCGUCGGUAGGGUGGACCUUCCGCCACCGCUGAAUGUCAAGUGUAUGCAGGAUCUCUAUGUCUAA